UUGUUGAGUUCUGUGGUUACAUUAUCCACGUUUCCAACAAUAGCAUCAUGUGCAUGCAAGAGCAAGACUGAUAUAUUGAUUAUCAUACUGAUUGGUUAUCAUAGAUAUGUCACUAUCUAUUGGUAUUUGCCUAUAUGUUGUCUGAUAUGUACAUAUAUCAGAACUUUGUUUAAAAAACAUAUAUACAAAAAACAAUGCUUGAGUUGAUUUACUUAUGUCAUCUUCACAUGUAAUGUUCUUUCUUCUAUCACCUACAGGUGGUUGAAAAGCGACAGCAGUAAAGUGUUGGACUACUUCUCCAAAGAUGGUGAUGCGUCAACAAUUCGCUGUGCUCUGACGGAUGGGGAUACACUGCCAAGAAGGACUUAGGGGCGAGAAGAGAGUGUUUCUGUUCUUCUCUGGUGUGUUUUCUUUCUCUUCCGCCUGGCUUCUCUCAUGAGCUGUUAAUUCCAGCCUCGGUCCCGAGGAUGAGGAGGAUCUAUUUGUGAGGAAGGUGCAACAAAGGAAGAGGAAACAAGGAGCAACAGGGUGCUAAAUUCUGCGAGCGGGAGUCAGCAAGAAGACCUUUCUUCUUUUCCUCCAGGCUCGAGCAAAGGAGUCGAGACUCCCAGCAGCAGCCAUGUGAGAGGAGCUGUCAACAAGCAGAGGAUGCCCACGCCGAGCUAAAGCAGAGCUGCCCUCCAUCCCUCCCUCCCUCCAUCCAUCUCUCCCUACCGCCUGCUCCCUCCCUUCUUCCCUUCAUGAGGACGAGAAGAUGACUAUCACCAGCCGGCAGUCCUUCAAUGUCCUGACGGUCAACUUCCUCCUGCUGUCCACUGCAGCCCUCUCAGCUCACUACCGAGUGUGUGAACCCUACUCCGACCAAAAGGGGCGUUACCACUUCGGCUUUUACUGCCCACGCCUCACAGACAACAAGACCUACAUGUUCUGCUGCCACCACAACAACACCGCCUUCAAAUACUGCUGCAACGAGACUGAGUUCCAGAUGGUCAGACAGGUCAACCUCACCACCACCUCAGAUGGUUAUGCACACAAUAAUUAUACAGCCCUGGUUGGCGUGUGGAUCUACGGCUUCUUCGUCAUGGUGCUGCUGGCGCUGGACUUUCUCUACUACUCAGCCAUAAACUACGAGCUGUGCCGGGUCUACCUGGAGAAAUGGGGUCUGGGAGGACGCUGGCUGAAGAAGGCCCGGAGUCAGUGGCACAGGUCCAUGCCGGAGGAGAGCGAAGCCCAGGCUCAAGCCCAGCCCAUGGUCCCCAGCCACUACCAGCCCAGACACAGCCUCAGAGGGGAGAGCCACAGCCCCACGCUCCUGCCCUACAACACAUCCACCGCAUGAAUGAUGCUGCGAGUGGACAAACUGAAGAGUAGCAACACCUUGUUUCCCUGAGUGGUGGAGGAGAUGUCCCACAGAUGCCCCCUCUCUGGACCACAGACACAAACACCCGUGGUGGGCUAGCCAUAAUGUAGUAGUUAGAAGUGACUACUGCCCCUUUCUAAUGAGCACAAACACCCAUGGACUGACAGAAGCAGGCUGAUAUGGCAUUUAGAAAACUCAACCAGGAGACACAGAGGAUCGUACUGCUGGAGCGACACAUUCAACUGCUCACAGGUGUUCAGUGAUCCCCUGGACCGGCUGCCAAGGCCUGGAGUAUCCCCAACUGGUCCGAGCUGAACUGGAUUAACUGUAACUGCGAGCGAGGAGGCUUGCCUGUUUUUAAAAAAGAAGCUCAUCUUUCUAGAUAUAAAAUGUUUAUUACACUGCUGUGUCAGUUUGUGUUCAGUAGCAGUUAGACACAGUUGUGGUUUAUCUAUUUGGUGAUUUAUUUAUGUGAACUAGUCAGAGAAAUAUAUGAGUGGUUAACAUUCGGAACAUGUAACAGCUUAGGUUGAUGCUGAGCAUCUCACUUAGAGUAGAGUGUUUUUGUUACUUACUGAAAGCAGACACAAAAUGUCUGCAGCCAUGUUGAAAAACAAUAUCUCGUAUGAAAUGUUUUAGAUCUCCUAUCUGAAAAACAAUUGAUUUCUCUAUAUUGUAACGUGUCCGACAAGGUCACAACGCCAUACAGAUAAACUGCUGUAUUAGGUCAUCAAGAUUUCUCUUUCGGUUGAGUGAUGCUGAGAAAAAGGGAUCUCGACUCUCAAUAAGUUAUUCACCCAAAACAUUAAUGAGGAUCAGGGAUGCCUUCACAAAGAGCUUGAGUUGAACAUAACAUUAAUCUUUGGCCAUGAGCCGGAAAGCCCAUUUGAGACCAUUACUUAUAAAGUUAGAGAGACAUUCGCCUCAGUAACCUCAUCCAUUGACUUGUUUGCCCGUCCUCAUUACCGGAGCUGCCUGAAAAACAGCUCCAUUAGCAAUAUGAUGCAAAUGAAUAUCCAUUUGGUUCCUUUAUAAGGAGCCCUCUAUAUCCCACAUUGAUAAUAGACAAUUGUAAGCGAUUAGCCAUAAUAGAAAAUGUAAAAAAAAAAAAAAAAACCCAUUAAAAGCCCUUUCACUGUCAGCAAUAAUGUACAGUAGCUUACCGGUAAUCAGAAGGAUGACAUGGUAUGUAAAAGUCAGAGGUGCCUGCCAAAUGAGCACUGGGUAAUCAUUGAGGUGUAUCGCAGAGCUUUCAGGUCGGCUUAUAUUUAAUAAGAAGGUGAAGUCGAUGAAAUGGACACACAGUGUUUCUGGAUAAUUAACUCGUAUCGAAAAAGGUCUCCAACCAUUACUGUGUCAGCGUUGAAAGGAAAAAGUGAAAACAAGAUUCCAUUUUUGAAGAAAAACUUUAAGAUAGAGCUGCAACUAAGGGCUACUUUCAUUAUCGAUUAAUCAGACAACUGUUUUCUCAAUUAGUCCAUGAAUAUUUUGGUCCAUAAAAUAUCAGAAAAUAGUGAAAACUGCACAUUAUGAGGUCAAGUAAGCAAAUUGCUUGUUGCAUUAAACCAAACGUCCAAAACCCAUGGAUUUUCAGUUAUAUGCUAUUGUGCAUGGUCAUAUAUCACAUGAUAAAAUCCUCAGAUUUCAAAGAAACCUUGAAAAUAAAUGAUUAAUCAAUUAUUGUUUAUCUUAGGCUGCAACUGAAGUGUAAUUGCUUUGUUGAUGAAUCAACUAAUUAUUCUCUUAUUCUCAAUGCUAUAAAUCAACCAAAUAGUUAGUUGGAGUAAUAGAUACAUGUAUUAAUUGUCUCCACUCUACAAUGAUCACAUUUAAUAAAAAAGUUAUUACUUCAUGAUAGGGAUGCACCAGUGAAAUUCUGAAAACUCUGGGCCGAAUAUAUCAGUUUUGCUGAUAACUGAAGUUGAUACUGCUGUUUUUUCUGUUGUAGUUUGAUUUUUCUCAUUAUUUAUUACCGCUUUUGUGCCAGGGAAACAAAGAAAUCGUCAGGACUGUUUCGCCUGAGUCCGACCGACAAUAAUCAACACAACAUUUAGCCAGUGCAAAGUAAAUACAACACAACAGAUAAACAUCUGCCAUCAAUGCCAUCUUAUUCAAUCCAAUGGCACUCAACAUGGCAUAUACCUGGGAAUACAGAUUUUCAGCCAAUACAUUGGUGCAUCCCGAAUUCAUGUCUAAAUCUAUAUUAACUAAUGAGAUAAAUUCUCUAAAAUCCAUAAAAUGCUAGAACAGAGAAAGCAGCUGGUGGUGCCAGAAUGAACAAGACCAACAGCAUGGGAGGACCAGGUGGACAGACGAUUGGUGCAUCAGGAGGGACGUGACGGUCCCAGUCUGUGCGUGUUUAGAAUCUCUGGUCUGUGCAAACAUUGCUGCGUCCUCGCUGAAAGCUAACAGGAGAUACUGUCAACUGUUCAGAAUUGGCUUUAAGCCAGCCAUGAGACUUUGGGAUCGUACCAUCAUAUUUGUUCUUUCUGUUUCAUGAAAUUUAAGCAGACGCUCUGAACAGAACUCUCGUCAUGUGCUGUGAGCGGGGCCUGCCGGCAUCAUCCUCAGUUAUCAGCAAUAAUAUCCACAAUUUGCUGAGUUGUUAGAGCAAGUUAAUUCCCAUUUCAAUGGCUAAAGUUUAAUUGUGUGUGCGCCCCAGCAGGCUCAUAUUUUACAGGGGCAAGAAAUAGGACGUGUCCAAGUGAAAUAAUUGGCCGAGGGAUCAGCAGUUGUUCUAAAUUAUACUUUCUUGCUCCCUUGCUGUAGCUGCCUCCUUAUUCCAAGAGUGUGAACAGCAACAGGGAGGCGUUUUUAACAGUUGCAGCAACGCAAAGGAGAUUUAAUUAGUCCCUAAUGCUAGAUAAGUGGGUAAAAAAAUAUGAUAUGUUAGCGAACAGGUCAGGGCUCUGUGUUGUGUGUUCUGAUGUGAAAUAAAGAAAAGGAGGGUUGUUCUUAUAAACAAUAAAGUAAUAGUCACACACAGGGAAGAGAAAAUACUUCAUUUUGCCUCUGACAAGCAGUAGCAGGGUCAAAAAUUGAUUAUUUCCCCCCCCAUUUCUUACGUUGUGAUGUUUUCUGUUUUGUUAAAAACAGUCUUGACUCUGGCCUGAUGUGUGAUGUGGUACUGUAAAUCGUAUCAGCUCAACCCUCUUCCCAAAUAAAUAAAAAAAUAAUAAUAAAAAUGAAAAAAAAAGACAUAAAAAAGGAUGGGAAGAGGAGAGCACACAUCUGCUUCAGUCUCUCCAGGUUGUCAUGGUAACAGUUGCCUUACAGUUGAAUACCCACCUGUACACAGAAGCUUUGUAGUGGUUGAUACCUCACUUUUUGGGUGUGGUGGUGAUGAUAAUGUGCACCACGUUCUGUCUAUGUAUUUACUACUAGAUAGACUGAUCAGUACCGUUUUCAGUUGGAUUGUUAUUGCACUUGUUGACUUUGUAUUGUCACGACAGGGAGAAAUAAAGUUUUAUCUUUUCCAGUGUGUUUAAA